AUGGAGGUGCAGGAUGACUUGAACUACCGACAACCGACCACGGCUAUCGCUCGAAUCCUCUGUCUAGCUUUAAUGAGCUGUCAAUCUCAUGUCCGCGAUAAUGCUUGGCGAAAGCAGGCUAAAUCCAAACUAUAUACCUGGACAACCAGCUUUGCUCUUAUACGGUCGCAGAUCCCCGUGGUGGAGUUACAGGAAACCCCAUCAGGUUCAGAAUACACAGGCUCUGACUACGAACCAUCAUCAUCUCCUCUGCAAUCGCCCACGCCUAAGGCUCGGACACAGGUUGAAAGUGGCUGUGCGCCUUCACGAAACAUCAACCAUCCUCCAGAUUCAGGCUCAGGCUCAGGCUCAGACUCGGAUUUGAGCCAGGGAGCACCUGAACCUAGAAGAAAGCGAAAUCUUAGCCAGGUCACAUCAUCCCCUCCUCAGCAAUUGUCGCGGUCGGGAGUUCUGUACCCAGAAGUGCUUGCUUGGACUUCAGCAGAAUGA